AUGGACAUGCCCAAUAUUCCUGACAAUCGGCCUCACAAGUCGCCUGUCGCCAUGGAAUUCCCCGACAUGCUGGACAGGCGAUCACCAAAACCGCCGGGCGACAGAGAUGGCCCGGAGGCACCGCAGCAGAAGCCUCCGUCGGUGCUCUCCUACACGCCCACUACACCCACGAUUGUUCUCGAUUCCGAGUCGGAAUUCGACGCGCAGUCCAGGCACUCAGGGCAGCAGUCGUUUAACUCGCAUGAUCUAGGCGAUGAAGGGUAA